AUGAAAGAUCAGCUGGUUUUUUUCAGUCUCAUGCUAUCCAUACUGCUGCUGAAGGAGCUGGAGCCCAUCGAGGGUAGGGUCUUCAAAGUCAGCAAAAUGGACUGCCGCACGCUGGACCCUUCGUUUGCCCACGUUAAAAACUGCAAUGUUGUGCACAGUGAGCACGGUAGGGCCGCACUCUACAUCCAUAUAACGAUGCUCUAUAAGGGGCCCAUCGAUGAUAUCAUCUUAAAUUUGGGAAUUUAUAAAAUAUUGAAAAAUCGACGCUUCCAAUUUGUGAACGAGACCAUGGACUUUUGCUCCUUUUUGCGGCAGCCUUUGCAGUCCGGAUUCUUCGGAUUCCUAAUCAAUCCGUUGCUCAAGAUAACCAAUGUCAAUAGAACGUGCCCCCUACAGCAAGACUACAUUUUUAAUGGUUUCCCCAUCGAUGAGGACACACUCAAAGAAGUUCCCUUACCAAAUGGGGUCUACAUGUUGCAGGUGCGGACAUCCAUGCUCAAGAAGUGGAGAACUGACAUAAAAGUCUAUUCGACACGGGUUGAAAAAUACUAG